CCCAGGUGAUCGCGGCUUCACGUGCACACACUUGACAAUCAUCUGCACACAACGCUGAAAGCAACGAAAAUGGCGGACGCGCUGCGUGAAUUCAUUGAUGGCAUCUCCAGCGACAUAUCUAUGUAUCUGAACCCCUCCACGCCGGCCUCCCUGCCGCCGCUCGAUGUCGACGAACAGUCCGCUGUUGUGCUUUCGCAGCUGAGAGGACUGCUGGUCUAUCAAACGUAAGCCGUGGACCGACAAACGGCCGAUGGCUGUCAGAUCUGUCUGUGUCUUUGUGUGGUGGAUAUGCAUGUGGCAGUGGGUGUGUGGGCCCGUGCCUGGAUCGUUGGGCGUCUGUGAUUGAGGAUUUUGGGAUGGGCCGGAGCCUCUUUACAGAUACGCAGCUGAAAGGUGAUCGAGGACGGGUGUAUGAUUGCUGGCUGCAUUUGUGAAGGUAUUUUGGAUGAAUAUAUGCCUGACGUUGUUUGUGUCUGUCUGCAGAGCUCAAGACGGACCCGUAUGUGCAUCGGAGGCAAAGGAGGAGGAGCUCACAGGAUGUGGUACACAUAACCACAUAACAUUGCACACAUAGGCCCUUUGGACGCGAUAUUUAUGCUGCCCAUGCCCAUGCCCUUGUCUGUCUGCAGAGUGAAGCGUUCGGGGCCCCCCCACACUCCGCUUCAAUCAAGUAAGGAACCCCACAUCAAUGCUACAAGGCUGCUUUGUGAUAGUGAUAGUGUAUGUCUCACGUCAGCUUCCCCGAGCCCCCAAUGGAGCACCUCCCCCUGAGGCCACACAAUGAGACAACCGCCGACACCAAAAUCGCCAGCUCGACACCUGUGAGGUUCUCGAGCCUGUUUGAGAGCGGCAACCUCAAGUAUGUGGUGUGCACUGACGCGGAUGGCCCCUGUACGGAGUAUGACCUCGUGCUUGACGAGGAUGCCAACACAAAGGGGCACACACAGUGGUUCUACUUCUGCGUCGCAAACAUGCACAAAGACACCACUAUCAGGCUCAACAUUGUCAAUAUGGUGGGUGGGGGAUGCCAAGAAGCACCUUAUUGUGUGUGUCAUAUGUGCGUGUGUGUGUCUUCAGAGGAAGCCCCGUUCUCUGUAUGAGGUGGGCAUGCAGCCGAUGGUCUUCUCAGAGCGAGCUGCCGGGCGAGUGCCUCUCACGCCAUACACCACUGGCAGCAAAGCACCACACCCGCCGUCUGUUGCCCCUGAGGAUCGACAGACAAUGUGGCUGCCCGAGGGACACCGGAUAUCCUACCAAGUCAACACCGUCCGACGGAGGCCCAGAACGGCGACAAACGAGACAGCGGCUGACGAUGGUGCCGGUGAUGCAGCAGAUGAGGAUGCGGGCCGGCCAGCGAAGCGGAGCAAGGAGUUCUACUACACCGUGACUUUCCACUACACCUUCCUGCACGACCAAGACUGCGCGUUCUUUGCCUACAGCGUGCCGCACACGUAUUCGAUGCUGCGGUCGACGAUCGCGUCUCUGACUUCCAACCCUGCCACGAGUGCGCAUGUGCGGAGGAAGGCCGUGUGCAGCACGCUGGCCGGGUGUGCUCUCGACAUGCUCAAGAUAACAAACUUCAAAAGCGAUGACAAGUAGGGAGACACACACAGAGAGGCGGGGAGAGACAUGACAUACGGCAUGGCAUAGUGUCUUUUUCUCUCUGUGUGUGUGCCUGUGUGGGCGUGCAGUGCAUACGAGAAGCGUGUGGUGGUGAUAUCAUCGCGUGUGCAUCCAGGGGAGACGAAUGCGAGUUGGAUGAUGCACGGGCUGCUGGUCUUCCUCCUCUCCAACUCACCCGAGGCCGUCACACUCAGGGACCGGCUGUGCUUCCACAUAUACCCGAUGCUCAACCCUGAUGGCGUCAUCACAGGCAACUACAGAUGCUCCCUCGCAGGUCAACCAGUCCGCCAGCAGUUUCUCGAGUCGAGAUAUGCACAGACUGCCCAUCCAUUGUGUCAAGAUUGCAUGUCUCUGCAGGUGUGGACCUCAAUCGUCAGUACCUGUCGCCCCAUCCCCACUUUCACCCCACCAUAGCCCAUUUCAAGCAGGCGCUGGAGGCUUUGAUGACGCCCAUGUCCAAGCCUUCAGCCACAGGGGAUGUCCAGUCAUGGCGGACACCACUGGUGGCGUCGCAGUCGGGAAGUCCUGAGGCACACAACGGCGACGGCGUAUCUGCGGGGGGGGAUGGCGCUGGGAAUGAAGGAGAGGGGCCGCCCAAGCUGGCACUCUUCGUGGUGAGAGGAGAGCACAAGAGUGAGACACACACGCCGUGGGCGGGCCAGAUUCAUGCUGAGUGAGACAUGUAUGUGUCAGGAUUUGCACGGCCAUUCGCGCAAGACCGGCAUCUUCACAUACGGCUGCUCGCCCAACGAUCCCCAGAAAGACGCAUCAGAGUCCGCACACUCACUGAUAUAUCUACACAAAUGAGAAACUCUGCAUGCCCUCACUCCUCUGUCGUCAGGUACUUCCAAGCCCGUGUGCUGCCCAAGCUGCUGGCUGUGGUAUGCCCCUCCUUCUACUAUCCGUUUUGCAAGUACCGAGUCGAGAGGUCCAAAAGGGGCAGCGGGCGGGUGACGGCCUACUUGGACGUCGGCGUGCAGUUCGCCUACACGCUGGAGGCAUCAUUCUACGCCCCAGUGCCCCCGAGUCAGCGCGUGGGCGGCAACAAGGCGGGUCUGACCAAGGACAAGAAGGAGAGUGGUGGCGAUGUGGCGGUGCAGUUCAAUCAGAGGUCGCUCAUCUCGGUGGGGGUGGCCAUCGCCAAAUCACUCAUUCUCUUUUUCAGGUGUGUCACACCUGCCACACACAUGGACGCUGGAUGUGUGUCUUAUGCGUGUGUGCAUGGCAUGUGAUGGAUGGGAUGGCUUGCAUGGCCAUGGACAGGCUGGGUUCCCAUCUGACUCGUGUGGUCAAGAGGCGAGCGAGCUCCUCCUCUGAGCCGUCAGCCUCAUCGGCCACUGCAACCCCUGCCGCAUCUGCUGCUGCUGGCACUGCUGCAGCAUUUGCACCGCCAACCUUCCGCCCAAUUGCGGGAGGUGCUGCUGAUGGAGAGGGUGGCAGUGACCGUAUGAGCGAGGCUGAGAUCGAUGAGGACUAUAUGGCUGAGAGGGACGACCGGAGCGACGCAGGCGAAGGAGAAGGAGAUGAGGGCAGCGAGGAGGCGGACGAGGGAGACGAUGACAUGAGUGAGGAGGGGGAGGAAGGGCAGGACGAAGACAUGAGCGGGGAGGAAGAGGAGGACGACGAUAUGGCAGACUCGGACGCUGAUGCCGGUGAAGGAGGACGGGCACACACGCCCACAUUCAUGCCGCUGCCAGCACCGGACGGCACCGCUGCCGAUGAGACGCAACAAUCGCCAUUGGUGCCAAUCGCCAGCAUGGACAUCGAGCGGACCCUUCUGCUUUUGCGUGAGGCUCCUCGCGAGCUGGCCGCCACCAGCAGCCCAUCCAGUCUCAUGCUCGGCAUAGAUGACAUUGUCGACAUGGCCGGAGGCGCUGUGGACACGAUUCAGUCUCUAGAGGCAGCUCUCCACCUGGCUGAGGCUGCCGAGAACGCCGACACGCUUCUCGAGGCCGUGAGUGACAUGGACGAGUUCAGCGAUCGAGACGACGCAUCGCAGCAGGCCUCAUCUGUGGGCUCGGACAGCAACCCGUCUGAAGACAAUCUCGCACAGGUUGAGCGGCUGAAGAGGUCCGAGAGUCUACUCAAGCGCAAGCAGCGGUGGUACGCCAAGCACACGCGACGGGGGAGCGGAGACAAGGGCAGGAAGAAACUGAAGCGCAGAGGGAGGAAACCUCGGCGAAAGAAACGCAAGGAGCAGCGGACACGGAGCGCCCCACCGAGGCAACCGGAACCCCAAAGGGAGCGAGUGUCGGUUGCAUUUGGACGGACCAUUCAGCCCGCCAAGCCGUCCUCCCCACCUCGAGAUCGCAUCAUCACAUCACCCCCCACCGAUCGCAGCGGUGCCCUGAAAAGGCCGCAGCUCCCAUCAGCCUUUGCGGCAGCAGCAGUCACGAGUGACACGGACGCCACCCGGCAGACACCCUCAUUCCUGCCGCCCCUCCCACCACCAAGACGCCCGGUGUUGCGCAGCGACGCCAGGAUCGCGGGGCUGGUGCCCGACAGCCUGCCACUGGCGGUGAGUGCCACCUCAACAUCUCGGGGCGGCCGGCUUGUUCGAGGGGGGACGCCGCUGAGACAGAGGAGGAUGGACAGGGAGACCGCUGUUGCUGCUGCUGGGGAUGCGACCACUGAUGUGGAGAGUCCGCUCGUGCGCAUCCCGACGCCCCCGUCUCUGACGCAGUCGAGGCGGGACAGCGGCAACACCGGCUACGAGCAGCCUGGUGGUCUGUUCGGCAUACAGCAGCAGAGCGCCCACCACAUACACACCCGGUCGCAGCCAAAUCUGCAGCAGCUGGAGACGGCACUCAACACCAUGUUCCAACCAAGGCCACCAAUCAUUGCCGGCAGGCAGCCGCAGCAGCCGUCAUUGGCUCGUCAGCACCAGCCGAAGGGUGCGUACAGGGGUCCUGUUGAGGCCUACAGGGGCGGUCGGGGGGAGGACACAGUCGCGCUGGGGAGAGCGUCGCUGCCAAGACACCUGAGACAGCAGCUGGAGAAGAUAUUGGGCAAAGAUAAAUAGAUAGGUAUAGAGGCCGAGACAGAGAGACAGACAGGCAUGUAUUGGUGUAGAGGGGUACAUGUGUGUGUGUGUGAAUGCGCAUGUGCCUUUGGGUUAUGCAUAUAUACGUCUGUGAAGCAGAUUUGACGAUUGACGUGUGAGCAUCUUGGGGAUGGAUGAUUUCAUCACAUUCUCGCCUCGUGCUGAGCUUGUUUGGUGACACAUCCUCUGUGUGAGGGGGACGGGUGGUGUGCAUGGAGUUGGACAAGAGGUUUGUGAGCAUGAAAUUACCUUGUGGUCAGUCAGGAC